UUACGACCUUCUAUGCUAGCAAUAAUAUAAGUCCAGCACAUGGAUGUUGUAGCAGGAGAGACGACGAGCAUCUUGCAGUUGCAUAUUAAAGUUAGCGCGUAUAUUUCCACUGCCGUUCCUCACCACAAGUCUGCAGAAGUCUGCAAAUAUCUACUCGAAGCCGUCACUAUUUAUGGCUAAACUCCCCUGCUGCUAUGCUGUGUAUAUCUCGCCUGUUAUUUCGGUGCUCUUUGGCUGGUAUAGCCAGUUUUUGUUGGUGCUGAUAUUGUAUUUCGUCCGGUGUAACACAGCCACUUUUCCCGAUAUCAUGCUUCCUAAUGAAGUAGAAGCUGCCAAUGUUUAUAAAAUCAUUGAUGGAGACGAUCGAUUUUAUGUAACUUCACCCGGCUAUCCGAAUAACUACCCUGAUAACACCCAGGCAGCAUACUGGCUUCGAGGCAAUGGGCGCCCUGUUAUGCUAGAUGUGAAGAAUUUCGAGUUGGAAGCGCCUGAUUCCCACCUAGUGUGCAGAAAAGAUUACCUCGUCAUCUGGGAUCUUUUAUAUCCACACCUGGUUCUGAAAGUUGCUUGCGGGAAUGCCCUUUUUCAGUUCAAGUCGUACAGCGACUCUGUUCUCCUGCUUUUUAAUUCCGAUUCCGCACAAAAUUUCAAAGGAUUCAAUUUAUCUGUAUCAAGAGCGUCUGACUGCGGCGAGAACGAACUCGUAUGCCCUUCGAGCCGAUUAGGCGGACCACUUAAAUGUGUAGAUCCUGAGCAUAUUUGCGAUGGAGUGUUUGAUUGUGCCGACCAGGAGGAUGAAAUCUGUACCGUGAAUUGCGGGUUGCCAUCACCACCUCCGGUCAUCAUAGCCACCACGCCGGUGAUGGGUUCAAAGAAUCGGAUUGUGGGAGGAAUCGAUGCUGCGCAAAAUGCUUGGCCAUGGCAGGUGGAUGUGUCCAUAAAUAAUGCAACAUGUGGAGGAUCUUUGUUAGCCCCGCGUUGGGUAAUAACAGCCGGCCACUGUUGCAAAGAAUACGGUGUAGAGUUUCCACUGGAAAGCUACGUUGUUCGGGUGGGAUACACUGGCUGCCAAAAUAAAGAGGACGGACAAACCGUGACACUGGCAGAUAAGGUCGUCCAUCCAAACUUUGCGGAAGGUUCGGCAGGAGCGAAUUAUGACUACUGCAUACUCUUCCUGGGCGAAGAGGUGCAAUUGUCGCCGCAAGUUCAGCCGAUAUGUCUGCCUCGUCCGGGAUUAGUCGCCAACCCUGGUGAAGUAUGCACGGCUACAGGGUGUGGAAGUACUGCGCAGUGGACGGGCCAAGGUGCCCACAGCGUUGAAUUACCAAAGCAGUUGCAGGUUGUCAAUUUAACAAUUGUCAAUGGAUCCCAGUGUACCAAAAACUACGACACAAUUUCCCCGCAGAUGUUAUGCGCCGGCAUUCCCAAUAAGGACGCAUGUCAAGGUGACAGCGGUGGACCGCUGGUAUGUCAGUCGGAUCUUUCCAAUCCUCAGCAAUAUUUUCUUCAAGGCAUCACAUCAUACGGAUAUGGAUGCGCUUCCGGUAAACCUGGAGUUUUUGCGGAUGCCAGGCGAAUGCUGCCUUUCUUGAUCCAAACGGUUUAUGAUAACAAGGUCGGUUGGAACCCUGAUGUGACAGUACCCAAGCUACGCCAUCGUCCGCAUUUCGAGCCAUCAUAUGCUCCGAGAGUGCUUCCUGGACCAAACGAAAAAGAAGAAGCUGAUCCAGAAAAUUCUUGUGUCGCUGGUUCCCUGUCGCUCGUAAUCAUCACAGGAGCUGGCGCAGUUACACUUUUUGCGCGUUACUAUGGCGAAGUUUUCAAUAGCAGCGAGAUAACGAUAUUUUCAUACUUGUAUUUGGUUGCAAAGGCGCUACAUGUCUAGAUAU